GCUCCUCAACUCAGUAGUCGCCGCACGUUCCUCACUAGACACGAUUCCAACCAACAUUACUGACAUACUGACGAACCCGACUCUGUCUGCCUCACUGUAUCAGUGCACUCAUACAGUGCGACGCGCUGAUCCACUAGAGUUUCCAAACUACUCCUUUGCAUAUAUUUAGUUCUUACUGACAUAAUUCUAGGAAAUGUUGUGGGCCUCCACCUGUUGGAGAGUGCAUCACCACUGUUCUGCGCAUAUCUGCCGCGUACUGACACACAGUUGACGUUUCGAUCUCAUUUCUCAAGAUGGGCAGCUGUGUCUAUGAGCUUCUGUAAACGUUUGGCGGAGGUUUAGCAGACGGGACGUGGGUUCGUCUGUCGGCCGCCCCGCCCCGCCCCGCCCCGCCCCGCACCGACCACAGAACGGCAACUGCAGGUGUAGGUACUCGUACAUCGUACAAACACACAGACCGCUCACCCGGGCGUCACAAUAGAGGUGGCAACGCAAUGUUAAUGGGCCACUGUGGUGUUGAUCGCGUCUAAUGUCGAUGGUCCAUUGUAAUGGGCUACGGCCGCAUUGUAAACACUAUAAUAACAAAGAAGGGACCUUCACGUGGCACCCUGUUUGGGCACUAGUCGUAGGGCUGACAGCACAUCGUUACAAAACAAUAUUAUACUAAUUUAGCGUAUGUUCGUUGUUGUCGCUUGUACACACAUCACCACAGCGUGCACUGCGCCGUCCGUCGGAGACAGGAGCUGGAAGCCUCAACUGGAUGGCUUGGCGACAGUCCCGCCCUACAAACGGACCGGUACUUCGCUGCUUGCGCGUACUUGCAGCGACAAUAAGUAGGACGGUGGUACCUCUCCGGGCACACACACAUGGCUCACCUGCACGCAAGAUCUAUUUUGCUCAUGAUUUUAUUAUAUAACGUUGAUCCUUCAUCAUGGAAACCGGUUGUGGACAUGCGAUGUGCUAGGACUAGGUGGUUGGUGCGGAGUGGGACAGCCCUGCGAGGCGCGGCGUGGCGGGGUGGGGAGGGGGAGGGCGCCGGCUCACAGCGCCUGCGCAGCUCGGUCCUCGCACCUGCCUCUCGCGUCCGGUUCGCAUCUCCUCCGCACUCAGUCUCUCGACAGCACAUCAUGGCCGCCAAGUUCGUAGUUCUCUUCGCCUGCAUCGCUCUGGCCCAAGGAGCGAUGGUGCGACGCGACGCUCCCGACUUCUUCAAGGACAUCGAACACCACACCAAGGAGUUCCAUAAGACUUUAGAACAACAGUUUAACUCGCUCACCAAGUCAAAGGACGCACAGGACUUCAGCAAGGCUUGGAAGGACGGCUCCGAGUCCGUGCUGCAACAGCUCAACGCCUUCGCCAAGAGUCUCCAGGGAGCGCUCGGAGACGCGAACGGCAAGGCCAAGGAGGCUUUGGAACAGUCGAGGCAGAACAUCGAGCGCACGGCCGAGGAGCUCCGCAAGGCCCACCCUGACGUCGAGAAGAACGCCACCGCCCUCCGCGAGAAGCUGCAGGCCGCCGUGCAGAACACCGUGCAGGAAUCCCAGAAGUUAGCGAAGAAGGUGUCCUCGAACGUGCAGGAGACUAAUGAGAAACUGGCGCCCAAGAUCAAGGCCGCCUACGACGACUUCGCGAAGAACACCCAGGAGGUGAUCAAGAAGAUCCAGGAGGCCGCCAACGCCAAGCAGUGAGCGUCGAUAUUGAACUCUCACACUUAAUAAAUAUUUCUUUCAUAUA